AUGUAUCUUUCAGCUACGACUGCUACAACUGCUCAAAGCAUAGCUAGUGCCUUCUGGUCAUUUGAUAGCAAUGCACUUGAACUAUAUAAUAGUGGUCUUGAUGCUACUCUCUCGGGUAGUCCAAUUUAUACAACUAGUUUUGCUGGCUAUGGUGCAGCUAUCUCGUUUACUCGAUCCUCUACUCAAUAUGUUUAUAUCACACCGAAAGUACUUCCAUUCAAUUCACGUAGUUUCACAAUCGAAGCAUGGAUCUAUCCUGUUAGUUUGUCGAGUAGUAAUGACUAUGGAAUAUUCGGUCAAUGUCAAGCAACAAGUAGCAAUUUAUGUUUAUAUUUCAUAGCUCGAAACAACAAAUUACUUUGUGGAUUUUAUAACAACGACAUACAGGGUGGAACCAUCAUAACAAUGAGUACAUGGCACCAUGUAGCAUGUAUCUAUGAUCUGACCACGAUGACACAACAAGUUUGGCUUGAUGGUAGUCUUGAUGGUUCACAUUCAGCCAGUGCCUACAAUGGUCUAUGGGGAAACACAACUAUUGGUGCCACUUUUCAAUUAGGCAGUGCAUCUGCUUUCAAUGGUUACAUAGACAACGUACGAUUUGAGGCUAGAGCUAAAAAUUCAACUGAAAUUCUGAACGAUGCUACUCUACAUGUUUACUACUCGUUUGAUGGUGGUUCACUUACUGACAAUGGCCCCAAUGGUAUCAAUGCAACUGCCUAUGGAAGUCUAUCAACUACAACUGGCCGAGUUAAUCAAGCGUUACAAUUUAGCUCGGGUCCCUAUAUAUCAUAUUCAUACACUCCAUUUUACUUCUUGGGCAUCAGCGGGAGUUCAUUUACUAUAGCCUUGUGGGCAAAGCCGACUGGAAGUUAUGCGCAACAAACAAUUUUAUUAGUAGAACAACCAUCUGGUUGGUGUGUCCACUAUUUGGUAAUGACAUCAACUGGACACCUAGUAGCUAAUUGUUGGAUUGGCUCUAAUAUAGCUACAAAUGGUCCAAUCAUUUCCUUAAAUACUUGGACACAUAUUGCCUAUACUUAUAGCACAACCAACGGCAUUCGAUUAUAUAUAAAUGGUAACCUGAACUCGACGACAGGUUCUUUUACAUUUUCGGGCUCUGGUGUUCCCAUGCGCUUCGUAUUGGGUGGAGAUAGAGUUGUUCGUCAAUAUAUGUGA